ACCCCUUCCACAAGGAGCCCUGCUGGCCCGGGGCCCCUCAGGGAGCCACUGCAGUGAGCUAUUUAUGGUCUCCACAGGAACAAGGUCCCGCCUCUCUGGAGACAUUUUCAUAUACCGAGCAAGACGCCCUCUUCUCGUCUCCUUUCUCCUCCUCGCGUGUGCACCUAUGGAGGAUGCUUUCCGCCCUCGAGUUGGGGGGGCUCCUCUUCCUGCGCUCCUAUUGGUCCCCGGUGAGCCUCUGCCGCGGUGACGUCAGGCCCCGCCGCCCCUGCAGCGCUGAAUGGACCGAGCAGGCUGUCUGAUUCACUCCAAAACAGCUCGGCACGGCACGGCACGGACAUCAGCCCCAGAAACAGAGACAUAGCAGGGAUAGAGACUUGACGGGACAGCCGGGGAGCUCACCCUGCAGAGAGGAGAGAGGCCUCAACAUCAGCACCAUCAUACUUUUUUUUUGUUUUUCUCCACAAGACAGGACGGGGGAGUGCGCCCACCGUGUUGCGGGUGUAUGUGCGUGCGUUUGUCUCCCGGUUUGGAUCACGAUGAUGCAAAGUGCGGCGGUCCUACCGACAGAGAGUCCUGUAAAGAGUUUACCGGAGAUUCUCGGAGUGCCACUGCAACAGAUCCCUCAGUGUGCCGGCUGUAGUCAGCACAUCCUGGACAAGUUCAUCCUGAAGGUGCUCGACAGACACUGGCACUCCAAGUGCCUCAAGUGCGCCGACUGUCAGACUCCGCUGGCGGACAAGUGUUUCUCCCGGGCAGGAAGCGUGUACUGCAAGGAGGAUUUCUUCAAGCGCUUUGGAACAAAAUGUGCAUCAUGCCAACAGGGGAUCCCACCGACGCAGGUUGUGCGGAAGGCGCAGGACUUUGUGUAUCACCUGCACUGCUUUGCUUGCAUCAUGUGCAGCCGGCAGCUGGCCACCGGGGACGAGUUUUACCUUAUGGAAGAUGGGAGGCUGGUGUGCAAGGUGGAUUAUGAGACUGCAAAACAAAACGAUGAUUCAGAGGCGGGGACCAAGCGACCGAGGACCACCAUCACAGCAAAGCAGCUAGAGACCCUCAAAAGUGCCUACAAGAACUCGCCGAAGCCGGCACGCCACGUCAGAGAGCAGCUGUCCUCGGAGACGGGCCUGGACAUGAGAGUAGUGCAGGUGUGGUUCCAGAACCGGAGAGCAAAGGAAAAGCGUCUGAAGAAAGAUGCAGGUCGACAUCGCUGGACGCAGUUUUAUAAAAGUGUGAAACGCAAUCGAGGAGGAACGAAAGUGGAGAAAGAAAGCUCGGCAGACGAUGCAGGGCUCAGUGACAGUGAACUGAGUUUCAGAGACGACCAAGUCUUGUCAGAUCUCGGCCACACUAACGGGCUUUACGGGAGCGUCGGUGACAUGACCAACAGCGCAGUGUUGAAUGGCGGCUUCUCUGUCGACGCAGCAGGACAACCCUACCACGACAUCAGAGCGGGUAGCCCCUACGGUCUCCCUCAGUCACCCUCCUCCAUCACCUCUCUGCCCGGCCACACCCCUCUUCUCAACAACCUGGGCUUCAACAUGGACAGUCUGGUGGUGCAGGGCGGCCCGGGCGGAGUGGGACAGGCCCUUAGGGCCAUGGCAGGGGGCCCGACCUCAGACCUCUCCACAGGCAGCAGUACAGGAUACCCCGACUUCCCCACCAGCCCUGCCUCAUGGCUGGAUGAGAUGGACCAUUCCCAGUUUUGAGUCUCGAAUGUGGUAGAAAACCACUGUGGGGAUACAACAAAACAGUCUCACAAGGCUUUUUAUAUUUCUUUCCAUCGCCCUCCAAGACUGGUAUGUUUUGUGAAUUUGGGUGAGGGGAAAAAGGAAGAGAAGAAAUGUGACUUUCAGUCCUGCAGCAGUCAUAACUGUGAGGUAACAACCGGGUCGAGAUGUGCAGUCCAGAUAAAAGCAGUGAAGAACACCUCCAUGCUGCUGAAUGUUCUAACUCAACACUAUAUCAUAAAAUGUUUAUGUUAUCACCUGAUCUUCUUUGGUUCUUUCACUCUGAAAAUGGAACUGGAUUUCCAGUAACCCGUCUAACAGCUUCAACAAUAGGGCUACAAUCUAGAUCAAAGUCCCGAUGAGACCCAGGAGGCACCUGCAUGUUUCUUGACUGAUAAUGAGUAGGACUGCAGUUCGGCCAUAUCAAAGCCUUUACAUUGGCGAUGCACUUUACUCUCCUCUUCUUUUUCUACACAUAUGGACAGGAAUGCAGAGAGAGGAAGAGAGAAAAAGAUUAGAGACAUAUGCACAAGGCAAAAACACAGUGUUUCAUUUGGGAGAGAGAAAUUUACAAGAACAGUGGCACAAGUGUGAAUUUUGAACCAUGCUGAUGUUUUUUAAUGUAUUGCUGAAGCUUACAAGUUAUUAGGAAGUAGAUGGCCGUUGGUCUGUCUGUCUGUCCGUCCGUCUGUUUGUCCAUAGAAACCGAUGUCUCCUCUGUUUGAAUGAGGGCGAACACUGUUUGCUACACAGCAGGUCUCUCUUCUAUAUUUAUAGGUGCUUGACUUGCUCUUGUCUGUGUAAAAGCUGUCUGAGAGCAGGCAUCUGUCAGUAUUUAAAUGAUCUGUUUCCAGGCACCGAAGCUUACGUGUUGGGGGACAGUCAAGAAGUUAAGAAGUUCGACUCUAACAUUUCUAGUAAUAUAUCACACAUCUAAAUUAUUAAUUUAUUAUUUUUUUUGAAUGCACAGAUAUAAGACAAGGAGAUACACAGUUUACAAGAUGUGCAGAUUCCUUUGCAGACUGAGCAAAUUAAAUGGUUACACAUACAAAACAUUUGACAAUUCAAAACACCAACAAGUAUUAGCAGGAACACUGAUAAAAAAAUUGCUUUGUCUUGGCUCUUCCUCAGUCUGAUCCAGGCUUCCUCUGGUAAUCUACUCAGCCCAGCAGUGCUCUGGCUUUGCCUGCAUUCAACCUACUUACUGACCCCCAGAUGUGUUGUCAGUCUGUUCUCCCCCUACUUGGCCUCCAUGUCAGAGGGAUUACCACAGAGGCCCCCACUAUCAUUGCUAAUACUCUACUGUAGCUUCAGUGUGAGCACGGCUGCUGGGCUGAUAUGUUUCUUGCAGUUCAGGCCAUAUCAGCGGCAUCUGACAACUGAGAUAGUUGACUGAAAAGUACAACCCCUGAACUGACAAAAGAGGAACAGGAGCUGGGAUCUGAGCGACGUUUGCUUAAAAACACGUCCUGACUCCUAUUCUACUUUUGCCAGUUGAAUAAAAUAAAUCAAUCUUCAUCUACCUGGUCACCUUUUCAUAAAAAAGUCCUUCUAUAAGCAUAGCUUUCCAUUCAAAAACAAGGAAGCAAAUCAACAAACACAAACACCAUUAAGAAAAUCUGGUAACUCUUUUGAAAUUACAGCCCACAAGUUGCAGCGUAAUUAUCUCGUAAAUUAGAUGACUUUUAAUGAAAUAUUUUUCAACAAUACUGGAACUAAUGUGUCAGUACAAUGGAAGAACACAAGAGGUUUACGUUCAAGAGGGAAAAUUACACUUUUUGAAACAAUAUAAGAUACUUUGGCAAGUAAUACUGCGAAAGGGUUAUAAAUAUAUGGUGUGAUGUACAUUAUUGCUGUUGCUGGGAAACAAAACAUUUGUUUUCAGUACAAAGCUGUUGUAAAACAUCUGUCAGUUCCACAUUAUUUAAUAUGUACCAAAUAAUUCAAAAAGUACUUACAAUAUAAUCCCCCCGCCCCCCCCAAAUGUUUUCUUCCUUUGUACACACCAGUAGAUACUCAGUAAGUGUUUCAUUGGUACCUCAUAUGUACAAAAUAUUUACGGUGUAAUUUGCGGGCUAUAAUCUAAAGCGUUAAAAUCAUCACAAAUACGUUACCACUACAGUUUUGUUAAGUCUGUGUUGCCACAGAAGUUUGCAUCUUAAUUGUUGUAAAUUUUGUACAGUUUGAAAACGUGUUGAUCGUCUUGUUUCAUGAGCGCUAUUUAUUAUUGCCAUGUGUCUUUGAAAAAGAUGUAAAAGAGAGCACUGAAUUUAUUCAUUUAUGCCUUCUGUGUAAUGGUAUGAACCGUGUACAGUCAAAUCUAUACGAGGAAAAUAAAGCUGAAUUGUC